AUGGCAUCGACCUUGGGGAGCAACGCGACGGGCACGAUGGCGGGGAGCGGGGCGUGGAGAGGAGAUUGGGGGAGGCAGGGGAGGGAGAGAGAUGAGAGGAGGAAAGAUCAACUAGACCUCCAUCUCGAUAUGGCUCUCUGGCUUGCUCACGACCUUGCUCACGUCGAUUCAGCGCGUCAGCGGGCAUCCGCGUCUUCUGAGCCGAAGGAGAGGCAGCAGCACUUCCACACCGUCGCCCUCGUCGACGACGUAUCCAACUACGUAGCUUUCAUCGCGCGCUCGACCCACUCUUCUCCGAGAAGCAAGCGCACCUGA